GCACUCCCCUGCCACCUUAUGCAAACAUAGUACGCCCACGUAUUUGAUAUGAGUAAAGAUCAGUGUUAGCUGGAUGUAGAAUUCACCGGUUAAUGCAUUACUUUUGUAGAUAUCUACUGUGAUUUGAAUUGUGACGGAGAUAAAAGAGCCAAGAUGUCCUUCCUGUGGAAUGCACUUGACUACAUACCAGUAGUCGGCGCUGUAAAGAAUGCAGGAGAAGCAGUGGUAGCAUUAGCAGAAGGUGACUUUAGAAGAGCAGCUUCUAAAACGGCUGAAGCCACCAUAGGGGGCGCUUUAGAUUAUAUGACUCUAGGUGCAGGUAAAAUGUUGGCGACCGCUGUUGUCAAGGAAUCGGGGAAAGCGGCUACAAAGGGAAUGGCAAAGAUAGCAGCGAAAAAGACAGCUGUCAAAAUUGGUUCUGUUGCCACAGCGGCGGCAGUCAGGGUAUUAAGGAAGCGCGACCGGUCGCCUUCACCUUUCCAGUUUCGUGGUGGGGGUAGCAGUACCGACGGUAGCAGCUUUCAACAAAAUCGAAGUCAGAAAAGGCAGAGAAGUAAUUCUGGAGAUAGAAGUGACCAAACAACGGCUGGUGGCAGUGGGCAAAACCCUAAUGACAAUGAUGAAAACAAACGUGCACCUGGGCGUGGGUAUCAUAUUUUAAACAAUGACGUUGUAAAGCUAUUCAGAAAAAUUAUUAACAAAUUCAUAAAAAAAUAUGGUUUCUCUUAUUUGAAGCUUGAAAGUGCAGGCUCUAUAAGAAGUGAUUCUCAAAUUUAUGAAGAUUAUAAUAACCCCUUGCCACAGAGAAUACUUGAUGCCAUUGAAAAUGAAUUAGUUGUACGAACAGCAACUAUCUUAAAUGACCCAAAUGACGCUGUUUAUGGAGACUACAGACAGAGAUUGGAAGAUGCAUUUCUUGAAUACAUGUCAGCUCUUUACGAUCUCAUUAACGAGGAAUAUGACCAGGAUUAUAUAGAAGAUCUUGUAAACAACGCGAGAAACAACGUGAUCUCGUUGGUUGACGAGAUCGUAUCCGGUGACAUCUUCGUUGAUCAAACUACACUUUCGUACUGGUACUCGGAAGAUGUUGAUAUACAUUUCCCUUCCGACAACUCACGGAGACGCCAAAGGGAAGUAAGAAAGAAAAGAUUUGAAGAAGCGAAACAAGCAGUGAAAGAAAUGCUUGCAGGAAUGGUGGAUAAAGCGGAAGUGUGGGUACGAGAAACUCUCGAAGCAAUAGAAAACUAUUGCAAUAAUCUCAAACGAAAUCAGAAUUAACUGCAAGCACCAAAUUUAUUUUUUUUUUUCACAGAAAAAAAAUAGAUUAGUAGAAUCUCUGUUGAAAAGGAGACGUGAUAGACCGAAGUAAAAAAGAACGAAAAUGACGCUGUCAAUGUGCUUAUAACUGGUGUUAUGUUUGGUUGAACAUUUUUUGACGUUCAUUUUGUAAUUUUCAGUUAAAUGCUGAUUUGCCAUGUAUAUAGUAUAUGUACGUGCAUGUGUAAAUUUAUACCUGCAUGCGGAAUUACAAGUAGUACACAUAUAUGUACACACGCGCACAUAUUAGCGGCGCAGGGCAUUUUGAAAUAAGCAUUCUGUAAAUAGAAUUAAAAUCAUCUAAUGUGGUUCUUUUCUAUAGCAGAGCUGAACAUCGAACGGGGUAGGGGGUUCUACAACAGUUAUUGGGGUGGUGGUAGGGGUAGUUGCAUGAAAAUUGCUGUAUAUUUUUACACAAGAAGGAAACGCUUUUUGACCUAGUAGCGCCUGAAAACAACACCUGCCUAUGUAACAUGCUAUACGACCGUACAUAGCUCUUUAUGUAAAGUUUAUAUAAAAUUAAACGGGAUUUUAAUUGUAUUUAUUAGACAGCAAAAUUAUUAUUUAUAUUUAUUUAGACAUACCAAUUUACUUGCUAGACAGAAACAUAUUAACCUUUAUUACUGUAAAGAUGAAGAUGAAAGUUUUGACUUUUCACUCAGCGUUGCAAAAGACACUGAGUAAAGACAUUGAACUCUAUUUUCGCCAUUGAACACUGUUUUUGGCGAAAAGAAUGUUUUUGUUUUUUCUCAGCGGUAAACGAUUACUUCCGAUUUCGCUUCCGAUGAUAUAUUUACAUAAAAUGUUUGAAAGUAGAAGAAAACAUUUCAGUAUUUGUUACCUAAAAGUAAUAAUUUUCCUUUGUUUGAUCUAAUGAUAUUGAAGACUAGAUAAAUGUAUUAUCUUUUCAACAAAUACGCAAUCCCUAUACAUAGUUAUUAAUGUUGUCUAUAUAUGAGAUACCGACUUUAAAUAAAAUGUGUAUCUUGUAUCUAUCUUUUAUCCCAUAAUUCCCUUGGCCGAUUGCACUAAAAGAUCGGUUAAAAGCCAUACCUUACAUAGCUGCGCUGAAAAGAGCGGACGUAGUGGUCCAGAGCUAACACUGUCUGAAUACAAAACAGGGAUCGUGAGUUCGAGACCCCGCUCCUCCAACUAAAAACUACUAACACUGGGAUAAGAGUCUUGUGUAUGGGUGCUUUACAACGAUCACGCUAAAGAACCAGGGAAGCUUCAGGAAUUGGAGCGUCUUCUGUAUCUUGCAUUACCCCCACCCCCCCUCCACACACACACACACUAACAUUAGUAACAGUCUUCUGGAGGAGCCGCUCAUAUUGGUUACCGAUGGCAACUUAAAAUAAGCUUACAAACAAACAAACAGCUGCGCUGAAUUCGAAGAAAAAUGCAUUUGUUUGGACUCUUUACACGCGUUCUUUAUCCUUAUAUAUAAAAAGUCGAGCAAAGAGUAAUCGUCUAUCUCCGUUGAGAAAGAAGGUUUAAGAUUCAAAGACUAAUAUCUAAGUCACCAUUGGUUCAUUUUUCAUAAAUUAAAAUUAAAAAUUAAAAUCUGCGGAAUGUUUGUCCGUGAAUAUAUAACGAAAAUCCAAGACGUUGAAUUUUAUAAAACUGUCCUAUUUUCUCUGAAUAGAUAAUGUAAACACUACUCUUUAUCAGUUGAUGGAUUAAUCUAUUAAUACUGUGUCAACCUAAAUUCACUGAAAUUGGUUCAAUACUUAAAUAUUUGAACGAUGAACUGUGGUAAAUUAGGCGAUAAACCAUAAUAAGGGCCUCGAUUGUUUUCAUUCUUACUUGCUCUUUGAAAUACUUUGAUAAAAAGUUUUGCUGGGCUUCAUUUAUCCCAAUUAUAAUAAACUAAACGUCAUGCGGUAAUUUUACAUCACAGUUGACGUCUAAAUGCUGUGUUACCUGUCAGCGCACGAACCGUUGUUUAUCGUAGAUUCUAACACGACCAGCAAAUAACCUACAUACAUGUAGAGCCAAAUCAAUCUCGGGUUAUUCUGCGAUGAACCACUCGCGUGCAAUGACGUCAUCCGAUCCAGGUGCGUAGCACGGUCGUAAAAAGUAGUUACCCAUUUUUUAACACUGUUUAUACUAGUAUGUUGUGUUAGAAUCGAAAUAAUAAGUUCCCAAAUGUGAUUUAUUGUAGAAUAACCCAAGUGUUUCAUUUUUAUGCAAAACAAUAUAUCACUCGAGCAGGCCUACGGCCUUCGUGAUAUAUUCUUAAGCAUAAGAACUCAAAACUCGGGUUAUGCUACGAUAAACCACGUUUAGGAACUUAUUAUUUCUUAAAUAUAACAUCAUAUUUUCUUAUAUGUCAAGAGAAUACUAGUAUAUUAUUUAUUUUCAUUAUUGCUAUAAGGAAUGUCAUAUUUACUUAUAUGUUUAAGGAAAAUCUUUCUUUUCGUUGUUAUUUGAAAUGAUAUUAUAAUUAUGUUCUUAUAAUGUCAAGAGAAUAUUUUUCUUUAAAGAAUAUCAGAUAUACUUAUAUAUUAAGAUGUUCUUGUAUCAUGAAUGUCUCUUUUUCAUCAUUAUAAGUAAUAACAUU